AUGGCUUAUCGUCAACCUGUCAGCUUAGAGUCUUCAAGCUCACCAGAAUCUGACUCUGAUUCAGCGUCAUCUCCCCCAACUCCCAGUACUGAGCUCUUGAAGGAGAGAAAACGUAAGCGUAAAUCAUCAGGCAACGAUGACGACGACAAGACAAAUAGUUCAAAACGUCCCCGAUCGCAAAAAAAGGAUUUGGCGCAUAUUGACGAUAUCCAAGCCAUUCACGCAACUGAUAUCACCAUUGGUCUCCGACGGAUCCCCGCUGGCUUUCAUACGAUGGUCAAGGCUGAAGGUGCUGAAUACCAGACAAGCAAUAAACCUGCACACGUAGACCAGGCUGUCGUCGAAUGGCACGAGCGCAUCCUUCUGCCGCGCGAGCCAUCAUCUAAAGUUCGGGUUAGCGUGUAUGCCUCAUUUGAAUUGGGUCCCAUGGUCUGUCACGGGGAACUCCUCCGCACAUUCGAGAUCUCCGUCGGAGAAUUACUGGAUCGUAGCAAAAAAUUUCAUCCAAUUAUCUUUCAGCCAAAGCAGGGGGAAGUCGUAUCUGCUUGUACUUCACUGUUUAUGACAGUGGAGCAGCGACUUUCUAAUCAAAACGACGCCGGGGUUCUUUGCCCCCUUCCUACUCUUACAUCUCGCGAUGUCGAUACGUUAGCACUAAAGACAGAUGCCGGACAUCGUCUUCUCACACGAUACCGUAGGAUGCAGAACAGCGGGGAUCUGGACCAAUCCAUAAAGCACUUCGAACGUGCCUCGGAUCUCUGCCCCAUGGACCAUUCCUACCGCCCUGCAGCACUGUUCAAUCUAGCCACCGCAAAGUUCAUUGGUUGCCAAGCUAACAGAACAUACCUCGACCUCGACAUACCUAUCUCUCUUUUUCAAGACGCACUUGAUUUGCGUCCCACUGGUCAUGCAGAUCGACCCAUCACCCAGCUCCAUCUGGCGGUUGCUCUGCUCUUUCGCUUCGCGAAACGGGGAUUUCAAAUCGAUGCUGAUGCAGCUAAAAAGUUGCUGAGCGAAGUGCUCGAUGUCUGCCACGCCAACAGCCACAUUUACAGAGCAGCUUUUAUCACGCUCGAAACAUUCACUCUACAUUCUAUUGGAAACACCGAUGUAAAUGAUCUUGAGCAGGAGCGGUCCGCAGCAUCCAGGCUUCCGUUAUCGCCGUAUCAACUUGCUCGUCGAGCAGAGCGGUGUUUGCAUAGAGAUGAACCACGUGACUUAGAUGAAGUGAUUUCCCUUCAUCAUGAUGCACUACUAUACUACAACGUCGGGCAUGCUUCCCGAGGGCAAUUACUAGGGAAUCUGGCUGUAAUGCUGGAAAUUCGGUUCGAGCGUCGAGGCGAAGACAAAGACUUAGAUCAAGCUAUCGCAUUUGAGACAGAAGUGCUGGCUUCACGCCCAGUUGGCCACCCAGGUCGAUUCAUAGCAUUGAAUAACCUUGCGAGUCAACUCUCCACCCGCUUUGACCACCGAGGCAACAACGAAGAUUUGGAUGGGGCUAUUGCACUUGACAGGGAAGCACUGGCUUUGUGCCCGGUCGGUCACACAGAUCGGUCCACGGCAUUACAUAAUCUCGCCACUCACCUCUCGGACCGCUUUAAGUGCCGAGGCAAUGACGAAGAUUUAAAUCAGGCUAUCACAUUUCACAGGGAAGCGCUGGCCUUGUUCCGGGUCGGUCAUACAGAUCGAUCUAUGUCAUUAAAUAACCUUGCGAAUCAACUCUCCAUCCGCUUUGACUACCGAGGCAACGACGAAGACUUGGAUGAAGCUAUCGCAUUUCACAGGGAAGCGCUGUCCUUGCGCCCGGUCGGUCACGCAUAUCGGUGUAUGUCAUUAUCUAACCUUGCGAAUCGACUCGCCUCCCGCUUUCAUCACCGAGGCAACGACAAAGACUUAGAUGAUGCCAUCGCACUUCACAGGGAAGCGCUGGUCUUUCGCCCAGUCGAUCAUCCAGAUCGGUUCAUGCCAUUAAAUAACCUCGCGAAUCAGCUGUCUGAUCGCUUUGAGUACCGGGGCAACGAUGAAGACUUGGAUGAGGCUACCGCACUUCACAGGGAAGCGCUGGCUUUGUGCCCAGUCGGUCACACAGAUCGGCCCAAUUCAUUAAAUAACCUUGCCAAUCGACUCUCCUCCCGCUUUGAGCGCCGAGGUAACAACGAAGACUUGGAUGAGGCUAUCGCACUUUACAAGGAAGCGCUGGCCUUGUACCCAGUCGGUCACACAGGUCUGUCUAGGUCAUUAUAUAACCUCGCGAGUGAACUCUCCUCCCGCUUUCGCCACCGAGGCAACGACGAAGACUUGAAUCAGGCUAUCACACUCCAUAGAGAAGCUCUGGCCUUGCGUCCGGUCGGUCACACAAAUCGGCCCUCGUCAUUAGUUAACCUUGCAAAUCAACUCUAUACCCGCUUUGAGCGCCAACACAAUAAAGAAGACUUCGAGGAGUCGCGAGAGAACCUACACCGUGCACUGGCCCUGUUGACGCAGCAUGAUCCUCGUCAAUUAGCUGUCCAUAGGUCGCUAGCUCAGGUCUAUCUAUCAUUCAAUUAUCUAGUGCUUCACGGGACUGGUAUGGGUGAAUACAAGGACAGUCUCGAUACUGCCAUGCAUCAUCUCAAGGCAGCAGCAAAUGUUGUCUCUGCAGGGCUUGCUAUCCUGCCUGCGAGAAAGUCUACGCUGGCUUCGGUUUCGUCUCGUCACAAAAUCAUGAAGGAUUUCCCAAGUACCCUUGCUGUGGAUGCUGCAUCUUGUGCUCUUCGUAGUGGUGACGUGUGUCGUGCUGUCGAGUUGUUGGAACAAGGCAGGACUAUCAUCUGGACCCAGAUGACACGACUCCGCACCCCUCUCGACAACCUUCAGACUCACGGCGAUCAUGCAGUGGUCCUGAUGAAGAGAUUCAGAGACCUCAGCUCCCUCCUCGAUAAACCUCCUGCAAACCGUGCAGAAGCAACCUCCAGAGUCGAUGUAGAAGCAGAGGAAACCCGGUACAGACGUCUAGUGGAGGACUGGAAUGGAACGGUAGAAGAGAUCCGGAAGAUCGAGGGCUUCUCUCGCUUCCUCCUUCCACCCUUAUUCUCCGAUCUUCAAGGUGCAGCUCGUGAUGGGCCUAUCAUCGUGCUCAUCGCAAGCAAGUCGUCCUGCAACGCCAUUAUCAUCACGCACAAGCAACCUCCGACUAGCAUUCAACUCCCUGCCGAUUUGCAAAAACUCAUCAAAUUAGUACUCGCUUUCCAAGAGGCAGUUGAAAAAGAGGCUGGUCCUAAAGGGAACCAACCUGCGCUGGUAAAAUCUUUGAGAGAGUUGUGGGACGUCGUCGUCUGCCCAGUCGUCGAGAAUCUGGACGGAUUUGCACGCAGAGGUUCCCGGAUAUGGUGGUGCCCGACGUCUCUAUUCAAUUUCUUGCCGUUGCAUGCUGCUGGCGAGUACAGGGCACAGGGAAAGUCCGUUUCGCAGCAGUAUAUUUCCUCAUACACGCCAUCGCUCACCGCGCUGAUCAAGGCUCGCAAAAGUCAUCAUAGGUCCCCAUCAGUUCCCUUCGUUGCCAUUGGUCAGGAUUGCCCAGCCGGUGCCUCGUUCAUUUUGGAUGCUGUGGAGCCUGAGUUGGAAUUGGUGAAGAGACUUUUACCCCUUCCCCCAGCUGUUUCCUUUUCCAAGGUAACCAGCGUUGAUGCCACGAAAUCGAGAGCACUGCGCGCAUUGCGAGACAAUACUUGGCUCCAUCUCGCGUGUCAUGGAACACAGAGAUUUGACGAACCGUUUAAUUCGGCCUUUCUCAUGCGCGACCAGCCGCUUUCGCUCCUCGACAUUACGCACAUGGAUCUGUCUCGGCACGAAUUCGCAUUUCUUUCUGCUUGUCAAACUGCAGUCGGUGCCUUUAGCACGCCCGACGAAGUGAUACACCUCGCGGCUGGCCUGCAAUUCGCCGGGGUUAAGAGCGUCGUUGGGACAUUAUGGAAGGUCAAUGAUAGUACGGUGCAGCGUUUAGUCGAGGCAUUCUACAAAAACUUUUGCGGGGAUGGCAAGAUGAAUUCUAAACGAGCUGCCCGGGCGCUGCACCAAGCGGUACAGUCGUUAGCUUGUGACAGAGAUAUUAUCAUACCUUUGGACCAGCGUAUAGUGUUCAUGCAUAUUGGCGUAUGA